ACAGCUUCGAAUUAUUUUUCAAAUGCACGACAAAGAAAAAAAGAAGCAGCUUGCGAUCCACUGCUUUCCCCUGUCUAACGUCAAUGGCCGCCUGGUUUUCAAAUCCAUAAUCAAUGUUCUCGCUAUCGUCCUUCUCUCUUUGUGAGAUACUAGUCAUGCUUUGCUCCCUCCCACGCUCAAUUCCUUGACCCAUUCUCUUCCUCCGCAAUGAAGUGCUUCCAUUUCUCAAACGGAGGAGGAGAUCCCCGUGAAGACGAUGACUCUGUUAUCUCCAAGGCUUCCAAGCUCUCCUGGGCACGCUCUCUCAGUGUUGCUUCUUCUACCUUGGGCUCUAGAAGGUCUGAAUUUGAUUCUGAUUCCAAGGACUUCUCUGAUGCCGUAGAGUUCCAUAAAUUCUUGUCUCGGAGGCGAGCUAAUGAUUUGCGCGUGUUUUCCUUCUCCGAGCUUAAAUUGGCAACUCGUGGGUUCAGCAGAGCUCUUUUGAUCGGAGAGGGAGGGUUUGGUUGUGUCUACAAAGGGGUUGUCAGGGUACCCGGCGCGCAUGCAAAUGACGGUUCACUUUCCGAUAUGGAUGUUGCGAUCAAGCAAUUGAACCGUAAUGGACACCAGGGGCACAGGGAAUGGAUCAAUGAAGUAAACUUGUUGGGUGUAAUCAAGCAUCCAAAUCUCGUGAAGUUACUGGGAUAUUGCGCUGAAGAUGAUGAAAGGGGGAUUCAGCGGCUUCUAGUUUAUGAGCUUAUGUUGAAUAAGAGCUUGGAAGAUCAUCUUUUGGGUCGAGUGCCAUCAACACUCACAUGGAUAGCAAGAUUAAAAAUUGCUCAAGAUGCAGCCCGUGGAUUGGCAUAUCUGCAUGAAGAAAUGGAUUUUCAGCUUAUUUUUCGGGAUUUCAAGACAUCCAACGUCCUGCUGGAUGUGGACUUCAAUGCAAAGCUUUCUGAUUUUGGACUUGCUAGGCAAGGACCCGCAGAAGGAUUUGGCCACGUUUCAACAUCUGUUGUGGGAACUAUUGGUUAUGCUGCACCGGAGUAUGUUCAUACUGGUAAGUUAACUGCUAAGAGUGAUGUUUGGAGCUUUGGUGUAGUUCUUUAUGAACUCAUCACCGGGAGACGAGCUGUCGAGAGAAACCUCCCAAGAAACGAACAAAAGCUCUUGGAAUGGGUAAGACAUUAUGUUUCUGACCCUAGAAAGUUCCAUCUUCUGGUAGACCCACGACUUGAAGGACAAUAUUGCAUUAAAUCAGCUCAAAAACUUGCAACCCUAGCAAACAAGUGUCUUAUGAAGCACCCGAAGUCCCGUCCUAAAAUGAGUGAGGUGGUUGAGAUGCUUGGAUGCAUAAUUAACGAUGCAAUUUCUCAGUUUGAAUGCACUCUUCAAGCUGUUGUGAGUGAAGAAGAAAAAGAAGAGAAGUUAACUGAAGAGGACGCUGAAUCUGGGGCGGCUAAACAAGGGAAUAAUUAUCUGAAGAAGGUCUUGGACUUCAGAGAAAUGAUGAGCUUAAGAAACAAGUCUAUUAGAAGGUUGGAUUGGAAAAAUUGGGCGCCUGGGUUAGUACGAACUUGGUGAUAACCAAUCAUUUAUGCUCCUGGCAACGUUAGGUGAUCGCAUAAAUUCCGGUCAAUGAGAAAUCAACCAUGUCAGGCGCAGAUGUUUCAAUGAACACAUUUCUCCAGUUUUAUAUUUUGUUAUUCUAAAUAGUUGAAUGUACAGAUCAUGAAGCAAGCCCCAUUUUUUUGGUAAUUGGGCUUUCUUGAGUGAACAUGUUUAGGCGUACAUGUCUGGUUCAAUUUUGCAUUGUUUUGUAUCUGUAAUUUCAUGUCAAAUGGAUUUGGAAUUUACAGGGAAUGGUUUAAGAUCAUUUAUAUUCUCA